UCCUAUCAUUUUGACUUUGAUGUACCUUUGAAUAAAUUAAAAUUUAAUUACUAAGUUUGUUUUUUCCACAGCCAAGUCUUCGUUAUUAAAAGGCAGCAGGCACACCGAUCCACAUCCCCUACCAAAGUUUUAAAAGGAAGGAAGGGAGACCUUUGGCUUCUUAAAGAGGUCAGCAGAUAUCCAAAGGAUCACAAGACUUCUGUUGAGAGAUAAUUAGGAAGAAAGACUGAAAGAGAGAGAGAUGGGGAGGGCUCCUUGUUGUGACAAGGCAAAUGUGAAGAAAGGGCCAUGGUCUCCUGAAGAAGACUCAAAGCUGAAGGAGUACAUGGAGAAAUAUGGUACUGGUGGGAAUUGGAUUGCUCUCCCACAGAAAGCUGGUCUGAAUAGAUGUGGGAAGAGCUGCAGAUUGAGAUGGCUAAACUAUCUCAGGCCCAACAUUAAACAUGGUGAAUUCACUGAUGAAGAAGAUAGGAUAAUCUGUAGCCUGUUUGCUAGCAUUGGAAGCAGAUGGGCAAUAAUAGCUGCUCAGUUACCAGGCAGGACUGACAAUGAUAUCAAGAACUACUGGAACACCAAGCUUAAGAAGAAGCUCAUGGCUAUGAAUUCUCAAUCCCAGAGAAAACCACCACCAUUCCCAUCUUCUCAUCACAGUACUCCACAUGUUUCAUUUCAAUCUGUAUCGUCACUGUUCAAAGACUCCACUUCUUAUUACACUCCAACCAGAUGUUUCGCAGCCUUUGAACCCAUGAAAUCAGUUCAAUCUGACCUUUUCAACAAUGAAAACGCUACUUUGGCUACCAAUUCGUCUCUUAUUCAUACCCCAGAGAGUUUGCUGAGUCACGUGCAGUACCAUCCAGUUAAGGAAAAUUUUCUCAUGUUUGGGAGUGAACCAAGCUGCAGUUCAUCUGAUGGUAGCAUUAGUCAUAGCAGAGAGAUCAAGCAAGAAGACAUGAGUAAUUUUCAGAGUUUUGGUGUCUCUAAUGGCUAUGAAGAUAAUCAGAAGUUCAUGUUAAGUUAUGGCACCAACAAUGGAGGUGAAAAUGUUAACCAAUGGACUGAGAAACAAAGUGGGUACUAUGGAGAAUGCCCAUUAGACUAUGAUCUUGAAGAUGUUAAGCGACUGAUCAGCUCUAGCAGUAAUAAUUGUUGUGACAACUUCAUUGAUGAAAAGAAGACACAAGAGAAAGUCAUGCACUACUACUACUACUGACUGGACUGACCGCAAGUGUAAAAUCAGAAAGAUUUGAUGGGGAAAGGGUUAAGGGGUAAGAGACAAGAGACAAGAGGUAAGGGGCAAAGGUGAGGGGGUGGGGGAAGGAUUUUGGAUGGAUGGAUUGAUGGAGUAGAGAUUCAGACUAAAGACUUUCAG